AUGUCUAACCUGAGGAGGGUGUUGGAGAGGCAACAACGAGAAGAUGAAAAAAUCAGGCGUAGACGUGCUGAAGAAGAUUGUGAGUUGGAUGAAGAAGAGGAAGAAUUUGUUUUAGCGGUGGGUACGCUCAAUCAAUCGAGGCAACACCACCAUCGUCGUGCCUUGAACGUGGAUAGACAUAAGCACUUUCAGGAUAAGAAUCUCAUGGAAGAUUACUGUAUCCCAAAUUCAUUAUAUACUGUUUCUUAUUUUCGAGAGAGAUAUAGAAUGCAGCCCCAUUUGUUCCAAAAAAUCAUGCAUGAUGUUUGCAAUUAUGACACAUACUUCAUUCAGAAGUACAAUGCUCUUGAGGUUUUGGGUCUUCUUCCUAAGCAAAAACUUACAGCUACAUUGCGGCUGCUUGCAUCUGGGGUCAUCUGCAGACUAGGUGGAUGA